AUGAAUUCCUCUGUCGAUAAUCAAGCCGAUGCUCAUCCUUUGUAUGCCGUAGACACGAGACGAGCGAAGGAUGGAGUGUGGCUGGUUAAAGUUCCAAAUUAUUUGGCAGACUUGUGGUUAAAUUCUAAUUCUGAUGGACCAGUCGGCAAGGUCGUAAUAUCUACGUCGUCUGACGCAGUAGGGAAAGGCGACCAGAAGCCAGAAUCCCAAGUACGACUCGUUACCGACGAUGCUCUUAUGUCGGAGGCUGGUGAAGCAAUUAGCCUUGUGCCGAAGGAGCAUCAGUUCCUCAUUCAGACUACCCCUUCACUGGCCGCUGGAAACCGAGGACGACCCGGUGACGCUAAACGUUCUGCGUCUAUGUCCGGCCAGGAGCUGGUCAUUCUCUGUGAAGAGGACGUUCCUGUCUCCAGUGGAAGCAGUCCUGUGAAUCCUUCUCGGGUUUCAAGACGCUACUCUCUGUUCGGCCGAGUCAACAGCCGAGCCGAGUGUCGACCACCGCAGAACUCCAAAUACAUGAUGCUGAAAGCCCAACAGUGUAAAGCUAGGAACAAGGCUAGACACGAGGUGUGUAUUCUGGAUGCGCCUGUCCGGAAUUACCGACCUGUUGCUAAUCAUGAAUUCAAUAUUGAAUACGAGCAGCGAAAGAAGUUGGAAGGCAAGAAUAUACGCAGAGAGCGGGAUGAUGUCCUGCAAGACCUCUUUAAAGCAUUUGAACGGCAUCAGUACUAUGCCGUCAAGGACCUUAUGCUUCUCACUAAGCAACCCAUGCUAUUGAAGGAAAUUGCAACCUUCAACACCAAACCACCGCAUAAGCACAUGUGGGAACUGAAGCCAGAGUAUCGUCACUACAGCCAACAGGAAUCAGGUGCUGCCAAGCCAGAACUUGGAAAACAUGGCUGA